CAACACACAAACUGUAGAUUUACAUGCCAAAAUCACCUCCAUCUGCAGAGAACCAGGAGGAGAUCAUCAGCCGUCAUCAGUCUUUGCUGUAGUUACUUUAAGUUAUGACACAUCCUCUGAGUAGUUCUCAGAAGGCUAAACCAGCAGUCCCUCUAUCCCUCUGGGAGGUAGGAGUGGUCACAGAGUUUGUUGUGUGUUUAACACUUGCUUAGUGGACUUAUCCUGUGGAGAAGCACUGUGGAGUCAUCCUGUUAAAGUGCAUUUACAAUCAAGCAAAAGGUGAGGGAUCAAGGAUCAUCAUUUGGAGGAAUUAUUCUUAGUCCUGCUCUGGAGGACUUAUCCUUAGACCGGGGGCAUAUAAUCUCAGCUGUCACACUUGGCUAGCUACAUAUUGAUCGUCCAGAAGCUCCAGGACAAGAAAAAACGAACCUGAGCAUUUUCCAAAGCUCUGCAUCCAUGCAGCCAUCUGUUUUUUACUCAAAUGCUUCCUCCUACCUGGGCCCCAGCGGGGAGCCCCCUCUGUCACGCACCGGCUUCAUCAUCCUCUCCAUCAUCAUGGCCCUUUUCACCGGCCCGGCCAUCAUACUCAACGCCACAGUGAUCAUCGUGUCCCUCAUGCACAAGCAGCUGAGGCAGCCGCUCAACUAUGCUCUGGUGAACAUGGCUGUGGCUGACCUGGGCACAGCCAUGACCGGAGGGGUGCUGUCUGUGGUCAACAACGCCCAGGGGUACUUCUCCCUGGGAAGAACAGGCUGCGUGAUGGAGGGCUUUGCAGUGUCCUUGUUUGGCAUCACCUCUCUGUGCACGGUUGCUCUGAUCGCAGUGGAAAGGAUGUUUGUUAUAUGUAAGCCACUGGGCCAGAUGACCUUCCAAAAGCACCACGCCUUGGGAGGUAUCACCUUAUCCUGGUUGUGGUCCCUCACGUGGAACUUACCCCCCCUGUUUGGAUGGGGCAGGUAUGAGCUGGAGGGUGUAGGGACGUCCUGCGCACCGGACUGGCACAGCCGAGACCCUCAUAACAUCUCCUACAUCCUGGCUUACUUUGCAGUGUGCUUUGCUGCUCCAUUUGCCAUCAUCGUGGCGUCUUACACAAAGCUGAUGUGGACGUUGCACCAGGUGUCAAGGAUGGCCUGCUUGGAAGGUGGUGCAGUAGCUAAAGGUGAGAUGAAGGUGGCGUCCAUGGUGGUCCUGAUGGUCCUGACUUUCAUGAUCAGUUGGAUGCCUUAUGCCAGCCUGGCCAUGUUGGUGGUCUAUGACCCAAAUGUGGAGAUUCACCCGCUGGUGGGCACGGUGCCAGUUUACCUGGCCAAGAGCAGCACUGUGUACAACCCCAUCAUCUACAUCUACCUCAACAAACAGUUCCGCAAAUACGCAGUGCCUUUCCUGCUGUGUGGGAGAGAGCCCCUGCUGGACGACGAAGAAUCAGACAUGGUGACGACCACGGAGGCAUCAAACAAAGUGAUGCCUUCCUGAAAUGUAGACACCCACCCACACACACACACACACACACACACACACACACAGAGCUUAUCUUAGCAUUUUCUUUGUCAGGACCAGGCAAAAUGUCCUCACAAGUAAAAUUGUCCUCACAAGAAAGGUGGGAUGUCAAGGGUGGGUCCACACAAGCAUAGCAAUACAAACAUACACAAACACGCACACACACACACCUGCAACAAUCCAUUAAAAAGCUUUUUGCCUGAUGAUUUAGUUUGCGCGUUUUUGUCGCCAUCCGUGAAACUAUGACUGCAAUGUUUACAUGUUUGUGAGAUGUUUAAAUGUUGUGGGUGGAAACAGAAUGCAAAUGAAUGCGAACAG